CACACGCUCUAAAUUUAGCCGCCUUAAAGUCAGACAGGACUACAGAGAAGACUUCAAACUACGGCCAAGAAACGCAGAAACUUUACUUUUUUUUCCCCACUGAAAUCCUUCUGUGCCGUGAGGCUCUUGGGCAGUUUUGGCCUCUGUGAAGCAGUGAUGGACUGACAGUGUGGAUUAGAGGGCUUCGUCAUGGAAACAGUCAGAAAUCAAAAGGCUGUUCUGGUCGUCAUUUAAUCUCACUCGACACAGAUAUUGUCCCACAGCCGAGCAGCAGAAAUGAUAUUCCACCUGUCUUUUUUAGCUGCCUUCAGCCUGUUCGUGUGUCAGUGUGAUGGCGGCUGUGCAGAGGUGGACUCUAUGACUGAAGCUGUGGCCGGAGAAGGAUUCCUGCUGGGAUGCAUCUCCUGUAAGAAGAGAGAGGAGGUUUCAGCCCAAGCCACGGUGGACUGGCACUUCAGACCGCCGGGCGAUGAACACUUCAGGCAUAUUUUCCACUACAACCACCCGACUGCCGAAAUCCUCCACGAAGAUUUCAGCGGCCGUCUGGAGUGGCAGGGAACCCGAAACGGUGACAUUCAGACCGGUGCCGUUUACUUGCACAACGUCACCUUCAACGACACGGGCACGUACCGCUGCACCUUCCACCGGACGCUUUUCCUGUCGCUGUCCGAUCAGCACGUCACCGUGGAGAAGGAGGUGGAGCUCAGCGUGGUGGUCGUCGCCAAUCGGGAGCUGACUGCAGUGAUCGCAGAGAUCAUGAUGUACGUGCUGAUCGUGUUUCUGCAGCUGUGGCUCAUCGUGGUUCUGGUCUACUGCUACAGGAAGGUUUGGGAUGAACACGAGGCUCGAGAGGCUCGUAAAGCUCUCAAGGCUCAGGCGGCACUGUUGGAAUCAAAAGACAACUGUGACGGGGUGCAGCUGGAGUAACAUCAGUGGUAAAAAGAAAAUCAUCUCUGCAGGACUCACCCUUUUGUUGCGGCGACAUCUUUUUAAAGUCAGCGACACAAUGACUGUCGGAGAGGUUUGAAUUUAAAUGUCUUAUCAAUAGGCAGCGCAGAAAUCUGUGGGUUUCUAUAUUUUUUUCAAUGGUUUUAUUUAUUGUUAACAGCCUUCAAAAUAUCACACGUCAGCCAUGAUUACCAAAAAAGCCAAAGUAGUGUUUUUAAUUUUUUUAUGCAAUAUUAGACACCGUUUAAACAACACAAAAGAGACGAAAAGAAAUACUGUAAUACUGAUAAACUAUUCAAACUGUUCACUUAUUAUUUUUAGUAUUAGUUGAAAUAGAAAACGUUAUUGAUCUCCAAAGGGACAUUGAAAUAAAAAAUAUUUAAAAAGUGAAUUAAUCAGAACGCCUUGUCUGUCGUUUCUGUAGGAUUAACGGUAGUUUGUGUUGAAGAAACAGCUAGUAGUUUCAGGCUAAAAUAUCGAUUUUUGUAUUGAUUUUUUCAUAAACUGAAAAUUCUGGGCCACAGAUGAGGCAUCAGAGUGUUUAACUUUGAACACAUCUUUGUGAAACCACAGCAGCUCUUCAUUUUUGCUGAUAUUAGCUUCUAUCUUGACUGGAUGUGCAAUUUUUAAUUUUUUUUUUUUAGUUCAGCUCAGCAUUAGCAGGAUGUCUUUCUUUACAAUAUUUCUUACAUAUUUUAAAUGACUGCAUGAAAAAAAAAAAAUUUACAGACAAUUGUAUUAUAUGUUUUCUGAAAAAAAACACACGUGUGCUCUUUAAAUAAAGUCCAUGAAUUGUGUUGGAUGUCAUCAAAGAUGUGCUAUGUUUGUGUCCAGAAUUACAGAGUUUGACUGUAAAAGAACAAAUAAAACUCAUACGACUCACGUUAUGGAAAAGGUUAUAUUGGUAGUAUGGGUAUAAAGGUUUAUAUAAAGAGCUACAUAUUUAGAUACAUAUAAAUGUAAUCGUUUAAUGGAAUUCUAUGUGAACUUUAAGAAAGCAGAAAAAAAUAAUGUAAAUUUUCAGUAAAAACAUGGGAAACAAAUGUAGUUGGUUUAAAGUUUAAAAUAACUGCUGGCUCUACAGUGUUACUGAGUUUUCUCUACAAUUAAAAAAAAAAAAUACUGUAAACUUCUGAUUUUUUACAGUGUACUUCAGUCUACUCAAGUUUGUAAAUGACUGAUAAUAAAGUUGAGUUUUUUUGUUAA